CUUUCCGUAAAAAGAUAAAGGUUCCACCUGUUCAAUCAUUUGAAAUAUUGCUUUUUUAACUUCUUGUUCAUCUAGAAGGAUACGAGGAAAUGGAAAACAGAACCUGGUAUGUAGUUGACGUACGAGAUGUAGCUGAAGCACUAAAUUUGGUAUAUGAGAAACCCGAAGCUGAAGGUAGAUACAUUUGUUCUGCUCACGUGGUCAAAACUAAAGAUAUUGCAGAAAAACUAAGACAAAUCUAUCCCAACUAUAAAUAUCCCAAGCGUUUUAAAGAGGGAUCUGAAGCAGAAAAUCUCAUCAUUUCAGAAAAAUUGCAAAGGCUGGGUUUGAAAUAUAAGGCACUGGAAGAAACUCUUGUUGAUUCUGUUGAGAGCUACAAACAGGCUGGACUUCUGGAUUGAAGCCAUCAAAUAUUCCCAGACUUGUCCUUCUGGUCAUCAGAACAAUUAUAAGUUGUUGCUAUGAUAUUUACAUCCCUUAGUAGUUAAACAUAUAGCAAUGAAUAAUGCUGUGUGGACAAGAGAGGUUUCAUAGAACCCCUCCAAAAUGCACACAAGCAGGUGGGCCCCCCAUGUGGGACCCACCUCAUAGAUAAUUCAAAAACCCCCCCUCCACCUGCCGUGUGUCUUCUGGAGGGGUUUUGUGAAACCAUUCUGUACACAUAGUAUUAUUCUAUAGCAAACUCCAGCUUGCUGUUUAGCGGGAAGUUGUACUAAUGAUGUGAAAUUUGAAUAAUAUGUUAAUGUGCUUGUAAGGCCACAAGUAUAGGAAGUAAAGCCAUGUAGAUAGGGUCGGUUCUGUGAU